GGUCGUCAAUCGAGUGUCAAAAUACCAUCGGGGAAGUUUUAUUUUGCCUUCAAAAGUUUGAUGUGCCCUAUCUACUUUAAUGGUGAGCUCAAUGUUUCGCCCUCAAAAACGAAGACAUGCGCAGUACAAGCUUACUUCCGGGGCUUCACAGUUUAGGUCGGCUGAGGGCGUGAUCUUCUGUCUAGUUGAAUAUGCAUGUAUAUGAAUCCAACAGCGGGUGCAGUAGAAAGUGGGAAGACGAUCGAGGGGUGUGUUGCGGAGACCUGAAGUAGCUAGCUGUCUAAUGUAGUUAGUUACCUGGCAGCGUAGUGUUGACAGAGAAAUCGUGCAUAAACGAGCAUAGUAAAUAAUUCCAUAUUGUACUAGGCCUAGAUUUGUGGCGACGGAUUAGUGGCAGUGCAUUUUAAAUGCGUUCCUAACUCGCUAUGUUGUUAUAUUUGAUCCUUAAUGAGUCUGCUUCAAUAUCAGGCUAAAUAUUUACUAGAGCUACUUUGACAGAUCUGAUGCAAAGUUUCAUACGAAGAACUAGCGGAACUACAUAAAAAUUAUGCGCGUUUAGCCUGGCAUUUUCAGAAAUUUGUUGAAGCGCAGUUUGUUGAAAUGCAACACUUUGACAAGAAAAUAACAGCUAUUUCGGAUUAGACUCCUGUUGCGUUUGUUUACUUUCCAGCAGAGAUUUUACUCACAUUUUGGUGCUAGUUUUUCUGGCAGCAACUUCAGUUUACAGCGAUUCAAUCUUUUUAAUUUUAUACUAACAAGAUGAACACAAACACCAUGUAUGCUACACGUAAGCGGAGAAAACCGAUUCAGAAAAGGGUGAAGCCUCCAGCUGAAGGAGCCAAAUCCAACCCCUCUAAGAGGCACAGGGAGCGGCUAAACGGGGAGCUGGAGCAUCUGGCCAACCUGCUUCCUUUCUCCCAGGAUGUGAUCUCCAAACUAGACAAGCUAACUGUGCUCCGGCUGAGUGUGAGCUACCUGCGAGCCAAGAGCUUCUUUAAUGUGACUCCGAAAUCAGACAGCUGCCCGAAACCAGACGGCAAUGGCCAGAAACUGGGAGAAGAGAACUUCCUGGAAGGGGAGCUGCUGCUGCAGGUGCUUAAUGGAUUUGUCCUUGUGGCCUCAUCUGAUGGGGUAGUUUUUUAUGUGUCCUCUACCAUUCAGGAAUACCUGGGCUUUCACCAGUCGGAUAUCAUCCACCAGAAUGUCUAUGACCUCAUCCAUACAGAGGAUAGGUCAGAGUUCCGACGGCAGCUUCACUGGGCGCUCGACCCCACCGUCUCCCCAGAGACGGGGCAGGAGUCCUCAGAUGGAAGGAGCGCAGAGCUGCCGUUAGCAUGCUACCGCCCAGAGCAGCUCCCACCAGAAAACUCCACAUUUUUGGACCGCAACUUUGUCUGCAGGGUACGAUGUCUUCUGGACAACUCGUCUGGAUUUCUUGCCAUGAACUUUCAGGGCCGUCUGAAAUUCUUGCACGCCCAGAACCAGAGGAUGAAGGAUGGGCUGCCGGCUCCGCCCCCACUGGCCUUGUUUGCCAUAGUCAGCCCUCUGCAGCCUCCCUCCAUACUGGAGAUCCGAACCAAGAGCUUCAUGUUCAGAACCAAGCACAAGCUGGACUUCACACCUACUGCCUGCGAUGACAAAGGGAAGACAGUGCUGGGCUACACAGAGGCGGAGCUCUGCUAUCGUGGGACAGGCUAUCAGUUCAUCCAUGCAGCAGACAUGCUGCAUUGCGCAGAGAACCACAUACGCAUGAUGAAGACUGGUGAGAGUGGCAUGACGGUGUUCAGGCUUCUCACCAAGCAGAGCGGUUGGGUGUGGGUGCAGGCCAACGCCAGGCUCGUCUACAAGAACGGCAAGCCCGAGUGCAUCAUCGCCUCGCAGUGUGUCAUCACGGAUGAAGAAGGAGAGGAGAACCUCAGUAAAAGGAACCUCAAGUUGCCUUUCGGUUUCACUACAGGGGAAGCCGUCCUGUAUGACACUAAUGGAUUGCUUAUGGAGGGAGACUCCAGUCAGAGCAAUGGCACAAGGUCACUGGACCCAAACUCACUCCUGGGGGCGAUGUUAAAACAGGACGAGUCGGCCUAUGUUUGCGUCCCUGCCCAGAACCCCGUCUCCUUCCAGCAUAGUGCGCUGGCAGACUCUGGAGAAGACCAGAUUUUAUCUGGUGACUGGCAGGAUGACAUUUUGUCUUUGUCUGAAAACGGCAUUUUCAAGCAGAAACCUAUCAGCGGCUCAGAGGAGGACAAAAACGGUGACCUGUUGAACUUCAUGAAAGGUCUGGGGAUAAGCAGAGAAGACCUGGAGCUCAUUCAGAAGGAUGAGGAGUUUCUGCAAAUCAGGUUGGAUGAACAGGGUGACAUCAUGGAUGUAGCAGAUGAGAUCUUGUCGUAUGUGCAGGAAUCACUGAAGACAUCGGACUUUAUCUUUUCAAACAGCACUGAAAGGAAGCUGUCAGGGCAGGACUCCAGCUGUGCUCCACAGUCCCAACAGCCGCACUUAGUUCCACAUCUACAGCAUGAGCAACCACUGCUGCAGCCACUGCAAGACAAGCCAGUUCUGCAGCAACACCUACACACACAGAUGCAUCCACAACAAACGUUUCCACAGCAGUAUUUACACACACAGGCACAUCCUCACCAACCGAUUCCACAGCAACAUCCACAUGCACAGACAGAGCAACUCAUUUCACAACAACAUCCACAGACACAGCAACUAAUUUCAGAGCAAAAUCCACAUGCACAGACAAAGCAACUCAUUUCACAACAACAUCCACAGACACAGCAACUAAUUUCACAAAAACAUCCACAGACACAGCAACUCAGUUCACAGCAACAUCCACAGACACAGCAACUAAUUUCACAGCAAAAUCCACAUGCACAGACAGGGCAACUCAUUUCACAACACAGCAACUAA